AUGAACGACUUGAGACGCGAUUCGCGAGGCGGGCCGGAUCGAGAGUGGUUCCAGAAAGAGAAGAAGCGCAUGGAAGAUGAGAUUCGAGAGGAGAUGCAAGAAGCCGUGUCGAACGUGUACAUUUUGAACCAAAACAUUGAGCAUCUCAAUGACGUGGGUCAAGAAGUGGUGGCCAUUUCAUCCGUGUGGGUGACCUUUCUACGUCGGACAGCGGCGUCUGCUAGCGGUCCAGCACGCUAA